CUAUUUUACCCAAACCACGUUUCCCAAUUCGCACAUAACAAAACCCUGUAUAAAUCCCUCGCUCUUCACCUCACACUCCGCCACUUCCACCAUUUCCGAUUUCAAUAUUUUCCUCUCAGCGAUUUUCGAAGGGCUUACGAUGUCACUGAGACCCAAUGCUCGCGCUGAGGUCCGCCGCAACCGCUACAAGGUGGCCGUGGACGCCGAGGAGGGGAGGCGGCGGAGGGAGGACAACAUGGUCGAGAUUCGGAAGAACCGCCGUGAGGAGAACCUCCAGAAGAAGCGCCGUGAGGGUGUCCAGCAGUUUUCUGUUCCUGUCGAAGCCACCACCGGCAUUGAGAAAAAGACCUGUGUUUGGAAUUGGAUAGUCGGGGUUUUGAUCUUCCUUUUGGAUGCUAGGCUAUGGUUGUGUGUUCAAUUGACUGUGCAGUUAGAAAAUCUACCAUCAAUGGUCGUGAGUGUUUGGACAGAUGAUCCCAGCAGCCAGCUUGAGGCAACCACCCAAUUCCGAAAAUUGCUUUCUAUAGAGCGUAGUCCGCCAAUUCAGGAGGUGAUUCAAGCAGGUGUUGUUCCCCGCUUUGUUGAAUUUUUGAUGAGGGAGGAAUUCCCACAACUUCAGUUUGAGGCAGCUUGGGCUCUGACUAAUAUCGCUUCUGGCACAUCUGAACACACUAAGGUAGUAAUUGAUCAUGGAGCAGUCCCAAUAUUUGUGAAGCUUCUUGCUUCUCCUAGUGAUGACGUUCGUGAACAGGCUGUAUGGGCUUUGGGAAAUGUGGCGGGCGAUUCUCCAAAUUGUCGUGACCUUGUGCUUGGUCAUGGAGCCUUGGGUCCUUUGCUAGCUCAGUUGAAUGAAAAUGCCAAAUUAUCUAUGCUCAGAAAUGCUACCUGGACACUGUCUAACUUCUGCAGAGGCAAGCCACAGCCUGCGUUUGAACAGAUUGUCAAGUUUCAAAUAGUGAACUACCAAGAUCUGACGAGGCCUGCACUUCCAGUUCUCCAGCAACUUAUUCACGCAAGUGAUGAAGAAGUUCUGACUGAUGCUUGUUGGGCACUUUCAUAUCUUUCUGAUGGAACCAAUGAUAAAAUUCAAGCUGUGAUUGACUCUGGAGUAUGCGCCCGCUUAGUCGAGUUGUUGCUUCAUCCAUCACCAUCCGUUCUUAUUCCCGCCCUUCGGACUGUUGGAAAUAUUGUCACCGGAGAUGAUAUACAAACUCAGUAUAUCAUCAGCAAUAAUGCACUGCCCCGUCUCCUGAACCUCUUGAGUGGAGCUCAUAAGAAGAGCAUAAAAAAGGAAGCCUGCUGGACUAUUUCCAAUAUCACAGCUGGAAACAAGGGUCAAAUUCAGUCCGUAAUCGAGGCCAACAUUAUUGGACCAUUAGUCCAGUUGCUUCUGACUGCCGAAUUCGAUGUCAAAAAGGAGGCUGCAUGGGCAAUAUCAAACGCAACAUCUGGUGGCACUCACGAUCAAAUCAAGUACCUCGUGAGCCAAAAUUGUAUCAAACCCCUAUGCGACCUUCUCGUUUGCCCGGACCCGAGGAUCGUGACCGUGUGCUUAGAAGGGCUCGAGAACAUUCUGAAGGUGGGGGAGUCGGAGAAGAAUCUGGGCCACACAGGAGAUGUCAAUCUCUACGCGCAGAUGAUCGACGAUGCUGAGGGGCUCGAGAAAAUCGAGAACCUUCAGAGUCACGACAAUAACGAGAUUUACGAGAAGGCUGUCAAGAUUCUCGAGACAUACUGGUUAGAUGAAGAUGACGAGCCGGCGCCACCUGGCAGCGAGCAGGGCUUCCAGUUCGGAGGUGCCGAGGUCUCUGUGCCCACUGGUGGUUUCAGCUUCAACUAAUAUAUAUUCGUGUGAUGUCUGUCUCGGUUCUUGGGUAUCAUUAGAGUUAGAUGAACUCUCUCUUCUGGGUGAUUUGAUUUUGGCUUUCUCCCAAAAAAGGUUGUGUGUUUCCAUGGAUUUCCUCUAUUUUUACAAGGUUGUCUGGAUUCUGGUUCAAGUAUAAUUAGUUAAUUUAAUUACAUCGGAAUUAAUAUUAAUUGCAGUUUAUUUUGAUGAUGAGAGUUUGUUUUGU